UUUGGCGUCGAAUUGUUUUAAUAUUCAAAUGGAACUAAAAUCGAGGUUCGAUACAGUAUUAAUUGUCAUUUGUAUUGUGAGAGACGUGGGUUUCAGUGAAAAACAGAAAAAUGAACUUCUCAGCCGAGUCUCCCCUUGAAAACACCGAGGUCACCAGAGAGAAGAUAUCAGCAUGGGCGGACAGUCACGGAGCCAAGCAGGUAGACGUGUACGGGAAACCUUCAAACAGCCAUCUUCAGGAGCUGGAGAGAGUCAGAAACUUAAGCAAGGAGCUUCAGAAUAAUCUGAUUGACUUAGAAAAUUCCGUCUGCAUCCCUGAAGAAGAAAAACAAGCAAUGAAUCCGACAGCACCCAUAUUGGAUUAUUCAGAACACCAUGAGUUCGUCUCAGCUAAUCAAUUGGACGAUUACUACGCGAAGGAGGACGAAGCUGACGCAAGAGAAGAAGAACAGAGGAGAUUGACUAAGGGUAAAGCAGCUAAGACUGCGAUACAAAGAUUUUAUAAAGAUCAGUGUGUGUUUUUGACUGGUGGUACCGGGUUUUUGGGAAAAGUAUUAAUAGAGAAACUCCUACGGUCAUGUGGUGAUUUGGAUACAAUUUAUGUCCUUGUACGACCCAAGAAGGGUAAAGAUCCAAAGUCUAGAUUGCACGAUAUGUUGGAUGAGUUCGUUUUCCACCGAGCUCACGAGGAGAACCCAAAGGGCAUUCACAAAGUGGUUCCAGUCGUUGGUGAUAUGGAGGAACCUGGGCUGGGAUUGAGCAAUGAGGACAGGAAAAUGAUUACAUCACGGGUUACCAUAAUAAUAAACUCGGCGGCCACAGUAAAGUUCGACGAGAAGCUUUCAGUCGCGACGGGAAUCAAUGUAAAAGGGACCAAGGCUGUACUACAAUUGGCUAAAGAAUGCAAGCAUUUGAAGGCACUCACCCAUGUGUCCACAGCCUUUUCACAGACGCACGUGAAGCAUAUUGAAGAAAAAUUCUACGAGCCACCCAUGUCAGUGGAAGCCUUGGAAGCGGUCGCGCAGUUAGAUGACUCUGUCAUUGACUCUAUAUUGCCUACGCUUCUUGGAAAUCGGCCAAACACAUACUGCUUCACGAAAGCCAUCGCUGAAGAGGCCGUCCGAAAGUAUGGAGAGGGCAUGCCUGUUGCCAUAUUCAGACCAUCUAUUGUGAUCUCGACAUAUGAGGAGCCAGUACGAGGGUGGACGGACAGUGUGUAUGGACCGACGGGUCUAGUUGUCGGAAUAGGAACUGGGGUUCUACGUACCAUGUACAUGGAUGAGGACAAAGUGGCGGACAUGGUUCCGGUGGAUUUGACGGUGAACGCGAUUAUAGCCACCACUUACCACACAGCUAAUAACUUUAAAGAGAAUCAAACAUCAGACAUACCAAUCUACAAUUUCGUAUCUGGUGCUCAGGCGCCCGUGACCUGGGGAGAGUUUAUUGAAGCAAACAGACGACACGGAACAAGCAAACCCACCACUAAGGCUGUAUGGUAUUAUGGACUUAACCCGACGAAAAGUUACUACAUGUUUUUGUUCUACAAUUUCUUUUUACACUACUUACCUGCUUUGCUUAUCGACUCAUUCUGCGCACUCACAGGCCGUAAACAGAACAUGCUCAAGUUCUACUCGAAGGUGAUAAAAUUGGCGAAUAUCCUCUUCUACUUUUCGACACAAGACUGGCGAUUCAGUGAUGACAAUGUGAGAGAAAUGUGGCGCUCUCUGCCUUCUUCAGAUAAAACUGUGUUUCCGUUCAACAUGGCUGACAUGUCCUGGGAGUACAUGGCUGAGACAUUUUUACUGGGACUUCGAGUGUAUCUUGUGAAGGACGAUCUUUCAACUCUACCGGAAGCGAGAAAGAAAUGGAACAGAUUGUACUACAUGCAUCAAUGCUUGAAGGUGAUGACUGUUUGCGUCGUAUUGUACAUCGCAUAUAGUUUAUUUAAUUUAAUAAGUUGGCUGGUAUUGGGAUGAAUAUAUAAAUACUGACUUCAAAAUAUAGGAUUUUCAGAUUGUUAAGAUUAAUUUUGAUAUUGAUAUAUGAUUUAUAGUUUAUUAAAUAUGUAUAUAAAAUAUCCUAUUAAUAAACAUUCUUUGAAGUAUAUAUCUUAUAGCGAGACAAAGGACAUUCCUGAUUUUUUUCAAGCAGAAAUGAAUUCUAAACAUUUCUAUAGUUGCAUUAUGUUAUCCAUAUAAAAAUGUAUUAUGAAAGAUUUACCAGAGCUUGUGAAUAUAAAAAUCCGUCCUUUACAUUGAAACAUUUUUGAAGUUGCUUAAAAUUAUGUCGUGGGUUAUAUGUAAUGUAUAUCAAUGGUUAUAGAUGUAUUUAUACGUUUUUGAGAUUUUUAUAUUCCGUCCGUUGGUUUAGGUUUCUUUAAGUAUAUCUACUAGCUUUACGAUUACAGGAAUAUUUUAAUUCCUUCUAAACACAAGAAGACAUAUUAGGCAAUAAAUAUGAUGUGUCUAUGUAAAUCGGAAUGCUUAAACAUAUUGCAUAAUGGAUUCAAAUAUAUAUAUAGGCCGGCUAUGUCGAUGGCCAGCGGCAGAUGCCUUUUAUUGGCUCUCCGUAGGUUUUUUGGCUAUAUGUAUAAUAAUAAGAUUUAAAAAAUUAUCUAUUAUAUUAUAUAAAUAUUUUGAAAGGUUUUAUAAAAUUUUGAGAUUAUUUUCUAGGAAAAAUGUGAUAUGUUGAAUAUGAGUAUUAAAAUGUCCUUUUUUAAUCUGUAUUAUAAUUAAGUCCAAGAGAAUAAAAAUAAUUCAUUCUUUGUUUAACUUACAUUUUAUGAUUAAAAAGAUCUUUGUAAGAUAACUAACGCCCAUAGUAAAAAUAAAUUUAAUAUUUAGAAUUGAGGGUUAUUUUUGAAGUGUGUUUAUAGUCAAUCAAGUAUCGCUUCUAUGAGAUAACAUUUAAACAUUAAAAUGAUUUAUAUUCGUAUUUCUGUGCUUGUUUUUCCAUCUUACCUUUAUAGUAAGAAAUUAAAAUUCUUCAAAACUGUGGGUAGUAGAAGAAAAGUUAAGGUGCUAUAGAGCAUUUAUUUCGAUAAAUUUACAACAAUUAUUAAAAUUUAUUUAGGCCUAUUGUUUAUUGGUACACAGAUAAUAUAGGAUUAAUUAUUAAAAAAAUGAGUCGAUACAGAUCUGUAUAUGUAUAAAGUAUACGAGCGUCAAAAUAACGCUCAGUAUCGGCACGUCACUUGACGUAUACAGAAGAGAGAAGUAGAAAAAUCUUAAAAUACUUCUGAUGACACUGGCCGAAUUUUGGCCGGGAAUUAUACACAUUUAAUUAUUCUGUGUACGAAAUUAGACACUAAACAUCAAGACAUUUAAAAUACUUUUGUUUGAGCAAUUAUCUCUAUGAGAAAAAUACAUUAAACAUACAUAGCAAACUUAUAAUAACUUGACUCUAACAAUGGACUGAGAAAACCGAUCACUAGAUUAGAUCGAUAUAGCCGUUUUUUAUCUGUAGUCGCAAUUAGUAUCUGUUCCAUAUAUGAAAAUAUUUGAAUGGUGCGUAGAAUUUCUCAGUCUAUUAUCUUUGUCGGUAUUCUUGUAUUUCAAACCACAGAUAAGAUGCAUAAUACGUUUCUUAACUGGUAACCCAAAUUCUGUAUUUUGUUAUUAUAAUGAACAUUUAAAAAUUAACAAUACAUACAAUUAAAAGUUCUCACAAAACUAUCACAAACUUAGAUCUUUAUAACCUAAUAAAUACAUAGUUUGAUUUCUUUCACAAUAAAGACGUAUUGUCCGCUCA